AUAAACUCGUAAAAAAACAAGAAAGAAAAUUUAAGUUUUUUUGUCAUAUUUGCGGAAAUGGCAAAUAUAAAUUCACCUACUAAACGGAUUAUUAGUGGGGUCAUCUACAGGCAACUUUACCCCAAUUUGAGCCACCCUAUAUCUAGAGUUUAGAGAGUCUAGAGUGGAGAGUCAAGUUUGAAAUUAUAGAUAUUUGAAAUGGAAAUAAGUAAAUCUAAAGUAAAUAUUCUACUUUGUUAUCGAAGCAUCUAUUUAAUUAUAAAAUUUCAAAAAAUAUUUUACUAUUAGCUAAUUACAUUUCGACUCGCUGUAGCACUGCAGCAAUAUUCUAAGUACGUUUUUCAAAUACGAUGUUCCCGUUUAGCCGGAGGCAAAGCAGACGUUGCCUUUCUGAACAAACCAGACGAGUCAUGUUACAAAAAGGGAAAAUGGAAAAUGGAAGGAACGGAAGACUACAAUUAGGGAUUGCUAAAAAUCAACAAUUACGUCUAUUUCGAAAGUUAAGCUGAGAGAGCAAACGAAAAUAUCUUAUAAUUAAUUAACAGAUUUCCGACCUGCGACUGAUAUUUCCGAAUGGUUCGCUUAUUUUCCCGUCGUUCCCUAACGAUCGCUACAGCCACGAAGUGCACACCGCCAUAUACAGGUGCAAGCUAAAGAGUCCCCUGGGAGCCAUUCUCAGUAGAGAGGUCCACGUUAAAGCAGUGAUUAAACAGAAGUACGACAUUCAGGUUCACGACGAGUACGUGAUCGCCGGCAACACGGCCGUGCUCAAAUGCAAAGUGCCGAAUUACGUUUCGGACUACGUUAUGGUAACGUCCUGGAUCCAGGACGAGAACAUCAAUAUUUACCCGAAUACGGAUAUCGGGGGCAAGUACGUAGUGUUGGGCAACGGAGACCUGUACAUAAGCAACGCCGGCCCGGGGGACGGGUACAAGAACUACGCCUGUCGCACGCUGCAUCGAUUAACAGGUGAAGUUAAAGCUUCAGUAUACCCUGGCCGUAUCAUUGUUACGGAGCCCAAAGGCAACGUUCAACCAAGAGUAACCGUAGACAAAUUCAAAGCUACCAGAAUAUCAGUGGGAGAUGACGUGACCUUGCCUUGUGUCGCUCAAGGCUAUCCAGUACCCGGAUACUACUGGAAAAAGGAGUUAGAUGGCCAAAUGGUUCCCGUAGCCUUGGGAGAAAGGAUUACGUUGCUUAGUGCUGGUUUAUUAAGAAUAUCAAAGAUCCGCCUAGAAGAUCGAGGUGUCUAUAUUUGUUUCUCGAACAACAGCGUCGGAGAAGAAAGCGUCAGGGUAACCUUAGAAGUCACUUCGCCUCUUUCCGUUCACGUACAACCCCAAGUCCAAAUAGUAGACGUAGGAAAAACAGCUCACUUCCAGUGUAUUAUUAAUGGUUAUCCAAUAGCGAGAAUCAAUUGGAUGCACAACGGAAAGCCAAUUGCUCCUGAUAGUAGAGUUGAGGUGCUAAACGAUCCACCAAGACUGACGGUCAAAGAACUGACCAAAGAAGAUCGUGGAAUGUACCAGUGUUUUGCCAGUAACAACUGGGAUCAGGCUCAGGCAACUGCUGAACUCAAUAUGGGAGACGCCAGUCCAGAAUUGAUAUACUGGUUUUCCGAGCAGACCUUGCAGCCCGGUCCCACCGUAUCAUUAAAGUGUGUAGCGUCUGGCAAUCCGCCACCUCAAUUUACCUGGACACUGGACGGCUUCCCUAUUCCGGACCAUCCGAGAUUUCUAGUUGGACAGUACGUCACAAUCCAAGACGACGUCAUUUCUCACGUGAACAUCACCAACAUCAAAGCGGAAGACGGUGGUGAAUAUUCUUGUAUAGCUCACAAUAGCGUGGGAAAGGUUACUCACAGUGCCAGAGUCAACGUCUACGGACUGCCCUAUAUCAGAGUCAUGCCUAAAAUUACGGGCAUAGCUGGAUCAUCGCUUAUUAUUAAAUGCCCUGUAGCUGGUUAUCCUAUAGAGACGGUUACUUGGGAAAGGGAUGGGCAAAUAUUGCCUAUAAACAGGAGGCAACGCGUUUAUCUUAAUGGUACACUAGUUGUUGAACAAGCUCAACGAAGAGAAGAUGCUGGUACAUACACCUGUCAAGCUCAAAAUCGCCAAAGAAAUUCGGCAAGAAGAGAUGUUGAAGUUCAGAUUAUCGUGCCUCCAAAAAUUCUGCCCAUUAACCCGAUGACUGACUUAUUCAGGGAAGGAAUGCGGGCUGCCGUAUCCUGUCAAAUUAUGGAAGGCGAUCUGCCUAUUCAUUUUCGAUGGGAAAGAAAUGGAGAGGCAGUAGUUAAUAACGCCGCUCUAGGUACAGUAAUAAGAAGAAUCGAUGAAUUUUCUUCAUCUCUAAUUAUUGAUCAAGUCAGUUCGAAACAUACUGGAAACUAUACUUGCAUUGCCAGUAACGUAGCUGGGUCGGAAAAAUACAUAGUACCUUUAACUGUUAAUGUGCCACCUAGAUGGACUACAGAACCCCUGGAUACAAGUGUUGCAGCUGGUGAAGAAGCUAUAAUCCAUUGUCAGGCUGAUGGAUACCCAAAACCUGUAAUCACUUGGAAAAAAGCUGUUGGAAAACAGCCAGGAGAAUAUAAGGACUUCCAUUACGAACCCAACGUUCAACAGUACCAAAAUGGUUCUUUGGGUUUUACUCACAUAUCAAAAGAAAGUGAAGGUCAAUAUUUAUGUGAGGCAAAGAAUAAUAUCGGUGCUGGAGUUAGCAAAGUGAUAUUUCUAAGAGUUAACGCUCCUGCUCAUUUUGUACAAAAAUCCAAACAAGUUCAAGUAGUAAAAGGCGACCAAGCACACUUGCAAUGCGCCGCUAAUGGCGAUACACCCAUGCAAAUCUCUUGGAAAGUUGGAGGUCAACAUAUUAUAAAAGAUGAUGAUCAAAGAUACUCAGUCCGUGAACAAACGCUUGUAGAUGGAAUGGUUUCCGAGCUAGGUAUAGAACAUACAAUCAGACAAGACACAGGUAUUUUUACCUGUUCUGCUUCAAAUUUGUAUGGAAGCGACGAUAUGAAUAUCCAGCUGAUAGUUCAGGAAAUUCCAGAACCACCUCGAAAUGUUAGGGUUAUCGAUCAGCAGUCCAGAUCUAUUGGCAUAUCUUGGACGUAUCCGUAUGCUGGAAAUAGUCCCAUAACGAAUUAUGUGGUUCAAUACAAGCUAGGAGCAGAGGCAUGGCCAAAUCAACCAGCUAAAGUUACAGUCACAGGUUCGCAAACCACAGCAAACCUGUCAAAUCUGCGACCAGCUCAAGUAUACCACCUUCGCAUAUUGGCAGAAAACCGAUUGGGUUUGAGUGAACCAAGCCAAACUGUUCAAGUCAGCACACUGGAAGAAGUUCCUAGCAGUGCUCCUGUUGAUAUUAGAGCUGAAGCAAAAACUUCAACCGAAUUGGUGGUAACGUGGGAACCACCCCCCAGGGAGACUUGGAACGGUAACUUGUUAGGGUACCACGUAGGCUAUCAAGCCAUGGACGAAGAAAACAAAAGCAUAUCUCUGAGCUAUGUGUUCAAGAGCGUAGAGGUUAGAUUACAUUAUGGUGGAGAGGCCAUUUUACAGGGUCUUUCGAAAUAUACUACGUAUAGCAUUAUUGUACAGGCUUACAACAGUAGGGGUUCUGGACCAGCGAGUGAUCCAGUAACUGCAAGAACGUUAGAAGAUGCUCCAUCUUUGCCUCCAGAAAACCCCCAAUGCUCUGUUUUGAAUGCUCAGAGCCUUCAUAUAUCUUGGGAACCACCUGCUUUUGAAGGAAGGAAUGGUAUAGUCCAAGGAUAUAAAGUUACUUACCACUCAGUAGGAGAAUGGUAUGAUAAUGAUGAUCAGCAGACCAAAAUCAUCAACCAAUUGAGAACCACCAUAUCUGGCCUGAGAAAAUUUACUAACUAUAGUAUCACAGUACUGGCCUAUACCGGAAGCGGUGAUGGAGUACGAUCGUCUCCUGUCUACUGUCAAACUGAGGAAGAUGUUCCAUCCGCACCAUCGGAUAUCAAAGCCGUUCUCAGUGCUCCCAACAAAAUUUUGGUGUCAUGGUUACCGCCUAAAUUUAGUAACGGACCUCUAACCGGUUAUACAUUUUAUAUGAGCGUAGUGGAGGACGGACAGGAAGAAGGUACUCACAAGAGAGUACUGGGACCUGGGACGGAAAUGCACGAAGUGGUUAGAGCACACGAUACGGCAACGUUGCAAUUCUGGGUUACCGCAUCAACGAGGAUUGGAGAGGGUGAAAGCACUAAAAUUAUAACCGUCACCCCGUCCAAAAAUGUUCCUGCAAAAGUCGCUUCUUUCGGCCGAGAAAUGGUCAGUGCCUGGAAACAGGAUAUUUUCCUGCACUGCAAGAAAGUCGGCAUACCAUUGCCUUCGAUCAGUUGGAAAAUGAACGAAAAAUCUUUAGAAGUUGGAGGUCGAAGAUUCAUUUUAUCCAACGGGACACUGUUAAUCAAAGAUAUUCAGAGCGUGGAUCAGGCAAAUUAUACGUGUACUGUAGAGAAUCAGUAUGGAAGGGACGAGAUAACUUAUACCUUGAGGGUGAUAGUACCACCAGAUCCACCAAUACUCAAUGUGGUGGACGCUUUUACUGAUAGUUUGCAGUUGAGAUGGUCUGACAAGGGAAAUGGAGGUUCGCCUAUUCUAGGUUAUGUUAUUAACUAUAAAAGAGAUCACGGAGACUGGGAAGAGCUUCAAAUACCCGCCAGAACGGACGAGCAUAUGUUGAGAAAUCUUUGGUGUGGUAGCAGGUAUCUACUAUAUAUCACAGCUUUUAAUAGGAUAGGCACAGGUUUGCCUAGUGAUAUUGUAACUACUCAUACAAAGGGUACAGUGCCUGUUCAGCCCAAGCAAUCGCAGAUGUUAACUACAAACGCAACAGUAGCAACGGUUUGGUUAGACUCAUGGGGAGAUGGUGGUUGUGGCAUACUUUAUUUCUCAAUUUUGUACAGAGCUGCACAUCAUAAUGCGUGGAUAACAGCCUCCAACCAUAUCAAGCCAACAGAACGCAUCUACAGCAUCACAGAUCUAGUGCCCGCCACUGAAUACCGACUCAGAGUUUCAGCUCACAAUAACGCCGGAGAUACAGAAAUGGUUUAUAAUUUUACUACAUUAACCUUUGCAGGAAUAGUGCCUGAACUAUCUCCACCGGUUUCACAUUCUGGGGACCAGUCAUUCUACUUCAACAUGAAAGUAUUGCUGCCCAUGUUGAUCUCGAUACUCGUAUUAGUACUCCUCAUAGUAGCUCUAUUUUGGCGAAGAAGAAUAGUCCAAGAGCGCAACUCCCACGACCAAUCCCUGCACGAAUCACCCUCCAUCGCCCAGAUCCAGAACAAGCAGAACCGCGACCAGCAGUACCUGGCGGUACGCGCCGGCCGUGGACCCCAGCCUCUGGACAUCGACGACACGUACAAACCGGAAUCGUCCGACUAUAUCGAGGACAUCUGUCCCUACGCCACGUUCCAGCUGUCCAAGCCGACGUACAGCGAGAGCUCGUACAGCGGCAACGUGUACAGCGGGCCGUACCACUCGGUACGCGGUUCUUUUGUUUAUCAUGACGUUAAACCGCCACCUAGCGAUAAGUUUAAGUUGGGCCAUAAUAAAGAACCAGAAUACACAAAAGUUCGGAGAAAAGGCGGCAGGUUAAGAGAUCCCCAUUCGGAAAGUCAAGAAUCGGAUAAUUUGGGAAGUACCGACUCGGAAGUAAAGAAAAUUCUGACGCUACACCUUCCCAUUUCAGAGUACGACACGCUGGGCUCGGAUUCUGAGGGGGAUGCGCGCGCAGCCAGCCAGGAUCUCAUGUCAUUCGGUCGUCGGAUGAGAGGUGGCGCUGAAGGAUCCUCGUCUUCCUCCGAGUCGCCUCCUUCGGGCAGUGUAGGUCGCAAACCCUACAACAUGGCCAAGGGCAAGGGAAAGGCUAGUGGUAAGGGCCUUAGGCACGUGCGCUCAUCUAGCGGCUAUUCCAGCCACAACGAAGAGACCACGUUUAGUAUAUCGCACGCUGCAAGUUUCAGCGAUAGAAUACAUCCACCUACAAGAUUUUCUGACGUAUCAAUGCGGGAUUUCACCGAUAACGACUACGAAAAGGAUCAUAAACCUAGAGGGAUCUCGAAAUUAACUAGAGAAGCAUUCCAAAUAAAUGUAUAAUACUAAUUUGUAAUAGAAGAUAUAUAGGUUCUCCAGUGAGGAAAUCAAGUGGAGAGAGUAUAUAAAGCGGUGGUAGAUUUUGUUGUACCUUUUAAUUAAUACAUUAAACAUAUGAAGACGAAAUGAGGGAAGUUAAAUUAAAUCUUAUUAUAUACAAUGUUAAAUAUGGUGUGAUAGAGCCACAAUGGAUGAUAGUGUGAUGCUAUAUAUGAAUUAGAUUAGUUCGUUUUUAUUUUAUAAUACACCGUAAUGAAAACAUUGAUAUUAUGUGACGCCCUUGGAGAAAUCAGUAAACCUAGUAGAUAUUCUAUAAGAAAAUCAGUAAAAGUUGACACUUCAUCCAAAUAUUUCACAAAUUCACGUCACAAUAUUGUCAUGGCUACUUUUUUACUUUGAUGUUUGACAAGUGUCAAAUUUUAUUUCAAUUUUAGAAACAAUACAUAUAUUUUUUUAUAUCUAUAUUAUUACUUUGUCUACACAAACAGAGAAAUGUAAAGUUCUAAUUGGCUAGCUGUAAAUUGGUUCACUUUUUUUGGUAUUCUAUUCACGGUCCUUAAAUUGAUAUUGAACGCAGCUAAAACAAACUGAAAGAUCUAUAUGUUUUCAUCAAAAGCCCCAAAAGUUAUGAAACAAUGUCAAUGUUUGCCUCUUUAAAGCAGCUUAAUCGCAAAGAAAGGUCACCUUGAUUUCAUUCCUGUUCAUCUUAAAAUGUUGUCAGAUUUCAUAGGAAUAACAGAUUAAAAUAAACUAAAGGCUUCAGAACUGGCUUACAAAUGGAGAUCGUCGUCAUUUUAUACGUAGAAUUAUAUAAUGAACUUAUGAAAAUAACUUAACGUCAUCUUUCUAGCUCAUACGAUAGAUUUGUUGUAACUGACUGUAAACCAAUUAUUUAUUUAUACCGAUCUGGCCAUUGAAACUGCGUGGUCCGGAUUUUAACGCGUAAGAAAGCGAUGUAGACAGCUUAAUGACAAAUCAAAUGCAUUAAAAAGAGAGUUGAAGAGAAAAGUUGGGUUGAUCCAUUUCAUCAAUGCGGUAUUGCCGGAUUUUGCAUCAAAAUUUCA